AUGGGAUCCACUUCCACUACCAGAAGCUUUCAGAAGCCUUUGCCAUACUCAUCUCUCGUCUCCUCCAGCAUCAAUGAACCGCUUCAAAGGUUACACCCUUCCUUAGAAUAUGAAUUUACAUUUCUUGUUGUUGUGAUGGGUUUGCUUCCUCUUCGCUUCUUAGUUCAACGCAUGCCUUUCUUCUACAAGCUCGAUUCAUACUUCAUUGGAAUUACCACUGCUUUGUUAAACUUGAAUUGCACUGUUUCUUUUUCUGGAAAUGGAGAAAUUUCAAGCUCCUUGAAAUGGACCGCAGAUUCCCCAUGGCCAGUGGAAAAUACUUCCGAGGGUGAAAUUCAUGAGGUGAAAUUGGAAUUUACUUCAAAUCUGUGUUGUUUUCUAAAACCAAACUUCGUUGAUUUCAGAGUCACAGUCCUCCUCUGUAGCUCAGAAGAAAUGGAUGCAUUUUCUGCCUUUGCUUCAAAUGAAGGCAGUCAAGGGUCGCCAUUGACGAGAUCCAUAUAUGGCUUCUGCAUGGCCAACAAUGAUGUAAAGGAGCCCUUGCUGUCAGGAUCACUGGAUGAGACUCAAAAAGCGAAACGGCAGUUAAACAGGAGAAGGUUACUCCGUUCUAGAAGUGCUCCUCACACAGAUCUUGUUCCUUCUGAGACACAGAGAAAUGAAUCUCCUCCUCGAACUACAUCCAUAUUUCAGAAUUUACAUCCAAGUUUUAGAAGAGUGGCUAUCUACCUUACAGUAUAUUUAGGUGCAGGUGCUUUAAUCUUCUACCUUGUCAGGGACCAGAUUAAGGGGAUGAAAACAGAUGGAAUUCUUGAUGCUUUGUACUUUACAGUUGUUACAAUGACCACUGUUGGAUAUGGAGACCUUGUGCCAGAUAGCCACCUUACAAAACUACUUGCAUGUGCCUUUGUUUUCUCUGGGAUGGCAUUGAUUGGACUGAUUGUAAGCAAAGCAGCAGACUACUUAGUUGAGAAGCAGGAACUUUUGCUAGUUAAAGCUAUGCGCAUGCACCAAAAAGUUGGUUCAACUGAAAUUUUCAGGGAGAUUGAAACCAAUAAAACAAGAUACAAACUUUUUCUAGUCUUUUUCCUCCUUCUGAUUCUCAUCAUUGCGGGGAUAAGUUUUUUGGUCACUGUUGAGAAAUUGGAUGUUAUUGAUGCAUUCUACUGUGUUUGUUCUACAAUUACAACCCUUGGUUAUGGGGACAAAAGUUUCUCAACACAAUCAGGAAGAAUAUUUGCCGUGUUUUGGAUAGUGACUGGUACUAUUACUUUAGCUCAGCUUUUACUCUACAUUGCUGAGCUAAACACUGAAAUCAGACAAAAGGAACUUGUCAAAUGGGUACUUACAAGGAAAGUGACCAAUUUAGAUUUGGAGGCUGCAGAUCUUGAUGAGGAUGGGACUGUUGGGACUGCUGAAUUUGUAAUUUAUAAGCUCAAAGAGAUGGGGAAGAUUAGUCAAGAAGAUAUAUCACUUGUGAUGCAGGAGUUUGAACAGCUUGAUGUUGAUGAUUCUGGUACACUGACAAUUUCCGAUAUAACACUUGCUCAGUCAUCUUAG